AUGGAUGAAGAAAAGUAUGCAGAUAACUUUCGAACUUCUAAAGGUAAAGAUGAUCUCCCUGUUCCCCUUGUUUGGCAUUUGCCAAAGGUUUUGUAGCUUUUUCCUGAAGGAUCGGCCAAUCAGUGAGAUCCAUCAGCUCUUGGGAAGGAUCCUCUCCAGGUGACUAAAUCCGCUUGAAGUGCAGCAAGUCUGGGGAUGGUGGUGGAGCCCACGAUCUCUGGAACAUUCUCCCAAGUUAUGCUUGUUUGGAGCUUUGUUCAGCCCCAAGCAAAGAUCUUUGAAUUUAACCUGUUUUUAAAGUCACCUUUAACUUGGAAUGCUGCUGAGUUUGCUGCUUUUUUCUGGUGCUUUUAAUGUUUUUUGGAUUUUGUAUUUUGAACUGAAUAGUACUAUAUUGAUUUGCUAUUUCUUUUUUCAUUUGAAGUGUGGGUGGCAGUCAGUUGCCUUAAAACACUUAAGUGGACCCUUGCAGUUAGGCUUGCUAAUUAUUCCUUGCCCUAAAGAAUACAUUCAUUUUGGCAGCCCCAGUGAGUGAGUGUGAAAAUCCUCACCCCAGCCUGAAGAGCCAAGGAGCAGACGCUGAAACCACAAGACUUUGCAGAUUUGCACGCCUGGGUGAAGUGGUCGUCUUAGGCCCGCUGCUUUGGCAGGCAGCCUCAAUGAGCACAAAAGAACUUCAUUCCGUCCCCACUCACUGAGCUGCGACUUCUGUGCCACACGCAGAACAUUUUUUGCCCAUCAAAAUUAGUGACUAACCAUUUGUGGUUAAUGAAGCAAAUCUUUUUGAUGGCCUAAAAAGUUUGAAUGCCACAUUUCUAAAUCAUUAACCACAAAUGGUUAGUCUCUCUAUUUACCCUCUCAAUAAAAUAAAUUAGAAGAGCCGACCUCGGUCCAAAUGAGGCGGGGGGAGCAUAUCUCCAGAUGCCAGAGCGAGGGGUGGAUUAGUCUACUUCCAGGCUCUGUCAGUUCUGCAUUCAUAAGUCCCUUCUAUCCAGCUUCCACUUUCAUCUUUUCCAUACAAAAAAUUGGAUGGGUGACCUUGGGCCAAUCACUGCCUCUCAGAUAAACAGGGUUGUGGCGAUGGAACAAGGAGGAGGGGAACAAUGUAUGUCACCUUAAGCUGGUUGGAAGAAAAAGAUGGGGUAUAAAUACAAUGCGUGCAUCAAUCAAAUAAGAAUUGUAUUUAGAUACUUACUUUGUCACAGAAUAGUAUUUAAAUACACAUAUCUCAAUGUACACAUUUCUAAACAUAUAAAGGUAAAGGGACCCCUGACCAUUGGCUCCAGUCAUGGCCAACUCUGGGGUUGUGGCGCUCAUCUCGCUUUAUUGGCCGAGGGAGCCGGUGUACAGCUUCCGGGUCAUGUGGCCAGCAUGACUAAGCCGCUUUGGGAAACCAGAGCAGCUCUCGGAAACACCAUUUACCUUCCCGCCAGAGCGGUACCUAUUUAUCUACUUGCACUUUGACGUGCUUUCAAACUGCUAGGUCGGCAGGAGCAGGGACCGAGCAACGGGAGCUCACCCCGUCGUGGGGAUUUGAACCGCCGACCUUCCAAUCGGCAAGUCCUAGGCUCUGUGGUUUAACCCACUGCACCUCCCUUUUGCGCAUAUAUAUAUAUAUACUGUAUAUAUAUUCUGUCAAGAACUGUUAUCACAAAAUUCAGUGUAGGGCAGAUUUAUGUUCUGAUUAGGAAUGGUGGAGAAAUUAUGUUCAGUUCACAAAAAAAUUUGUGAGGACUUUUUUUAAAAAUUGCACACUGAUGCAGUGUGAAAUGUGGAAAAUUGAAUUUAAGAAUGGAAAAAUGAGAAACCAAGAGAAACUGAGCUUAGUGGAUUUAUCCAUCUCUGGUUUGGAUCCAGGUAUUUGUCCCUUAGGUGCAGAUUAGGUUGGUUAGCUUUAACAUGCAGACCUAACAAAAUUCUCCUCCAUCUCUGUAUGCAUGUAAAAGUGAUUAGAAGCUCCUAUGAAGGGAAAAUGCACCAGCCAUAAUCCUUUCUUGAAGGCCAAUACUUUUUACCUUACUUUUUACCAAAGAGAAGUCUGCAUAGGGUCAAGUUCCCAUCUUCUCAUUUUCCUCUUAUGAAGGGAGAAAUCUUAUUCAGAGGCCAUUUUUCCUGAUCUAUGCACUGUUGGGUGUCUCCUACCUGCUGAUUGUCAUUGGCUUUGUGGUGGCCCUCUCCAAAGGUACGUUUUCUCCUUUACUGCCUACAUCAUGUCAUCUGUAAAUCAUAGAACUGUUUUGGGUGGAGUUUAUGGGCUCAGGUAGCAGCAGAGCCUGUAGCAAACACUCUUGUCACGGACUGGUUGGACAUAGAGGAACGGUGGGAAGAACCAGCUGGGAAGCCACCAUAGAAAGAAGGCUCAGAGCCCAGGAAGUGGCAGUGGGACAAUGUGUGGUUGCAGGGAGAAGAUGGGGAAGACUGGGUAGAGGAGGUGUCAGGAACCGAAGGGGCUAUAGGGCUUAGUGAACUGGAGAGCCUGUGGCAGUGAGAAGAUCAGAAACUGAAGCAGGUGAGUGAGAGGAGGGAAGUCAAAAGGUAGAGAUGAGUCCAGCUGGGGAAGAGUCACAGGUAUCUCCCCCUCCUGUUGUGACAAGCUCCCUUCCCUCCUGUCUCCCAGAAGCAAGAAAGGCAUGAAAAGGGCAGAUGAGGGGUUGGCUGCAUGUGGGUGCAAUCUCUGACUGCUUGAGAAAAGCCCUUGAGAGGAGGGAAUUUUAGACGGCUGUGAGGGGGUAGGGUCUCAGCAACUGGUUUUCAUGGAGUAAGACCACCAGGAAUGAGCUCCUGUGCUCGUUGUUGUUUAGUUGUGUCCAACUCUUUGUGACCCCAUGGACCAGAGCAUGGCAGGCCCUCCUGUCUUCCACUGCCUCCCGCAGUUUGGUCAAACUCAUGCUGGUAGCUUCAAGAACACCGUCCAACCAUCUCGUCCUCUGCUGUCCCCUUCUCCUUGUGCCCUCCAUCUUUCCCAACAUCAGGGUCUUUUCCAGAGAGUCUGCUCUUCUCAUGAGGUGGCCAAAGUAUUGGAGCCUCAGCUUCAGGAUCUGUCCUUCCAGUGAGCACGCAGGGCUGAUUUCCUUCAGAAUGGAUAGGUUUGAUCUUCUUGCAGUCCAUGGGACUCUCCAGCACCAUAAUUCAAAAACAUCAAUUCUUCGACAAUCAGCCUUCUUUAUGGUCCAGCUCUCACUUCCAUACAUCACGACUGGGAAAACCGUGGCUUUAACUAUACGGACCUUUGUUGGCAAGGUGAUGUCUCUGCUUUUUAAGAUGCUGUCUAGGUUUGUCAUUGCUUUUCUCCCAACAAGCAGGCGUCUUUUGUUUUUGUGACUGCUUUCACCAUCUGCAGUGAUAAUGGAGCCCAAGAAAGUAAAAUCUCUCACUGCCUCCAUUUCUUCCCCUUCUAGUUGCCUGGAGGUGAUGGGCCCAGUGGCCACGAUCUUCGUUUUUUUGAUGUUGAGCUUCCGACCAUAUUUUGCGCUCUCCUCUUUCACCCUCAUUAAAAGGUUCUUUAAUUGCUCCUCACUUUCUGCCAUCAAGGUUGUGGUCAUCUGCAUAUCUGAGGUUGUUGAUAUUUCUUCCGGCAAUCUUAAUUCCUGCUUGGGAUUCAUCCAGCCCAGCCUUUCGCAUGAUAAAUUCUGCAUAUGAGUUAAAUAAGCAGGGAGACAAUAUACAGCCUUGUCGUACUCCUUUCCCAAUUUUGAACCAAACAGUUGUUCCAUAUCCAGUUCUAACUGUAGCUUCUUGUCCCACAUAGAGAUUUCUCAGGGGACAAAUGAGGUGAUCAGGCACUCCCAUUUCUUUAAGAACUUGCCAUAGUUUUCUGUGGUCGACACAGUCAAAGGCUUUUGUGUAGUCAAUGAAGGAGAAGUAGAUGUUUUUCUGGAACUCUCUAGCUUUGUCCAUAAUCCAGCGCAUGUUUGCAAUUUGGUCUCUGGUUCCUCUGCCUCUUCUAAAUCCAGCUUGCACUUCUGGGAGUUCUCGGUCCCCAUACUGCUUAAGCCUGUCUUGCAUUCAAUUUCCUGUAUCUUUCAAUAUCUUCAUUGCAUUUUGCUUGCCUUCUCUCCCCCGCUAUUUGUAAGGCCUCGUUGGUCAGCCACUUUCCUUUCUUGCAUUUCCUUUUCAUUGGCAUGGUUUUCGUUGCUGCCUCCUGUAGCCUCCAUCCAUAGUCCUUCAGGCACUCUGUCCACCAAAUCUAAAUCCUUAAACCUGUUCCUCACUUCCACUGUGUAUUCAUAAGAGAUUUGAUUUAGAUUGUAUCUUACCGGCCCAGUGGUUUUUCCUACUUGCUUCAGUUUAAGCUUGAAUUUUGCUAUAAGAAGCUGAUGAUCUGAGCCACAGUCAGCUCCAGGUCUUGUUUUUGCUGACUGUAUAGAGCUUCUCCAUCUUUGGCUGCAGAGAAUAUAAUCAAUCUGAUUUCGAUGCUGCCCAUCUGGUGAUGUCCAUGUGUAGAGUCGUCUCUUGUGUUGUUGGGAAAGCGUGUUUGUGAUGACCAGCUUGUUCUCUUGGCAGAACUCUAUUAGCCUUUGCCUUGCUUCGUUUUGGACUCCAAGGCCAAACUUGCCUGUUGUUCCUUUUGACUCCCUACUUUAGCAUUCCAAUCCCCUAUAAUGAGAAGAACAUCCUUCUUUGGUGUCAUUUCUAGAAGGUGUUGUAAGUCUUCAUAGAAUUGGUCAAUUUUAGUUUCUUCAGCACCAGUGGUUGGUGCAUAAACUUGGAUUACUGUAAUGUUAAAAGGUCUGCCUUAGAUUCGUAUCGAGAUCUUUCUAUCAUUUUUGAGAUUGCAUCCCAGUACAGCUUUUGCCACUCUUUUGUUGACUAUGAGGGCCACUCCAUUUCUUUUACGGGAUUCUUGCCCACAGUAGUAGAUAUGAUGGUCAUCCGAACUGAAUUCGCCCAUUCCCGUCCAUUUUAGUUCACUGAUGCCCAGGAUGUCAAUAUUUAUUCUUGCCAUCUCAUUUUUGACCACAUCCAACUUACCAAGGUUCAUGGUUCUUACAUUCCAGGUUCCUAUGCAAUAUUCUUCUUUACAGCCUUGGACUUUCCUUUCGCUUCCAGGCAUAUCUGCAACUGAGCGACCUUUCAGCUUUGGCCCAGCCACUUCAUCAGCUCUGAAUCUACUUGUACUUGUCCUCCACCCUUCCUCAGUAGCAUGUUGGACGCCUUCCGACCUGAGGGGCUCAUCUUCCAGCGUCAUAACUUUUAUAUGUCUGUUGCCUUUGUCCAUGGAGUUUUCUUGGCAGGGAUACUGGAGUGGCUUGCCGGUUCCUGCUCCAGGGGGAUCACGUUUGGUCAAAACUCUCCACUAUGACCUGUCCAUCUUGGGUGGCCCUGCACGGCAUAGCUCAUAGCUUCUCCGAGUUAUUCAAGCCCCUUCGCCACGGCAAGGCAGUGAUCCAUGAAGGGGCCUGUGCUCAUUAGGCCUGACAUUUAGCUAAGUCUGUGGAGAUUGUGGUUUUGCUAAUAAAGACUUAACUCCAACUUUGAACUGUGUGAUACUGACUGGCAGGCUCCUGUGACAACUCUCCCUACCCUCCUUUGGCUGGCAGAGGCUGUGCUUUGGUUCUGAGGCAGGGAAGAGCUGUACAGAAUCUGGGGCAUAAAAGCUGACCCAGCCAAACUGCUACAGUGAGGAUGCCUUGGGAAAGCUCUGCAGCUCAAUGUCAGAGCAUCUCCUUGGUGCCCAGAAAGUCCCAGGUUCAGUCCCCAGCACCUCCAGAUAUGGCUGAGAAUGUCCGUGGUCAGAAACCUUGGAGAGCUGCUGCAAGCCAGUGCAGCCCACACUCAGCAAGGUGGUCCAUUAUAAGGCAGAUUCCUAUGUUCCCAACCCUGAGAGUGCAGGAGAAGAUGCCGCGAUCAAGGAAACAUACAGCACAGCCUUGCGUGCUCCGGUAGAGGUAAAAAAGAUGGCACUUGAGUGUUUAUGUGUGGGCUACAGGUUCAAACAUACACACUCACUGAAAAUGAUACUGAUGAUUUUAACUUUUUUAAUAUAUCAGUACAUCCCCAAAUUCUGACAGCCAGUCCAGCAUUUUGGGUGGACUCCAAUUGGUCCCCUUGCACUUCCCAAAGGCGCUUUUUUCCAGCACAGCCUUCCUCAGCCUGGUGCCCUCCAGACAGCACUGGCCCACCCAUGAGGCAGGGUGAAAGAGCCACCUCAGGCGGCAGAAGCCAAACAAGCAGCAUCCCCAUGGACACCUCAGCCAGCAGAGCAGUCUUGCAAGAUCUCUCUGGCGCUUCUGCUGGUGCCUCUGCUCUGCUGGGGUGGGUGGGCAGCGCACCCGUGGGGAGACCACCUCUCUGGCUUCCCAGGUGAGGGUGGAGGAGUGGCACAGGGUGGGGUGGCAGGGAUGUGCUGCCCCUGCCUGCAGGAUUUCCUGUAGGGCACAACCAGCAUGGUCAGAGAUGGCAGGAGGUGACUUAUCCAUACCAUAAAUUUCAAGCACAUUUCUUUCCCCCAAAGAAUCCUGGGAACUGUUGUUUGUUAAUGGGGCUGGGAAUUGUAGCUCUGUGAGAGGUGAGCUGCAGUUUCCAGGAUUCUCUGCAGGAAGCCGCAUGAUUUGAUUUCACAUUCUGUGGAUGCCUCUCCACUCAUGCCAGAAGAGGAGAAACGGUGUCCCUGGAGCCCCACUCUGCCCUACAAUGCCUUCCUCGCAAUGGGCUCCAGAUUUGGGGCCCCUUCAGAAUUAGGAGGGAGGUGGUGUGAUGGGGGAGGGGGAAAGUCCUCUUCCCUCCUCUUCGGCCACCAGAGGUGGACCCAAAGCCAUUCUGUGAGCACAAGGUUGAUUCUGCCCUUUGCCUGUUAUACAAAAAAAGCUGCCAAAAGGUUCAAAGGUUAAAAAAAAACACCCGUAACAAGGAUGACCUUUUCAUGGUGGCUUGGCAUUCCUACUCUUAUGUAAUUGGAAAUGGGUAGCAGGAUGAAGGAAGAUUCUGACAUAUAUUUUUCUCCCCCUCUUUAUCACGCCAGUUGCAUUAGCAUCCUCAGAAAUCAGCAAGCUCCACACAGCCCUUGUGAAGGAUCCCUACGGACAUGAUUUUCACUGUAAGUUUCUGUUGCUACAAAGACCUCAGUCUCCAAGCGUUGAGAGACUUCAGGGGUGUCGGCGUUCACCUCAGGUUCAGUUUCCCUGAAAUGAAGGUCACAGGAGAGAGUGGUGUGUUUUUGAUAUAGGGUUCUAUUUACACAUAUAUACAUCCCGAGCAUAAGAUGGAAAGACUCACAGCAUUAACAGAUUUGCUCCCCCAUUAAGCUUCCAGACCUUCCCCCACCUCUGGGUCAAGGGAGCUGACCAAGAGAACAGCUCCAUCACAGAUCAGAGGACAACAGGGAAACACCAGUCUCUCUGUUAAAGCUCUUCCCUUCCUCUGAGGUGUGCCCAGUUGUCCACCACCAGGAUCUAGGAUCCAAAUCCUCUUCUGGGAUUUCCAGGGGAGAUCUUGGUCAGGUGAUUCCACCACUCCUCCUCAUCCAGCCAGUCCCUGACAUCUCACCACACACAAAGCAAUAGCUUUGGUUCAGCACAGAGAGCAAGAUGAGACCAGCCUCUGGCCAACUGUUCUCCUACCCCCUAGGGAUGACGUGGCUCCAGCCGGGUAAGGGAGGAAGGCCUCUCUUUGGUUAGCUAGUGUUCUUGACCCUUAACAAGCUUGGCCAUUAACAAAGAAAAUGGUUUCUUCUGCUACAGAAUCUCAUCUUACAGAUGGAAAACCACAGGCUUGGAGGGGACCCCAAAACACCAUCCAAACCAACCCCAAGCUUAUAAGAGUAUAUUCCCCUUUGCAGGGAGGGGCUGCCUUCCCAGCCUCCACCCAAAUUUUGCUUCAAGUCCUUUUAGGUGAUCCCACAAGAAGCUCAAAGUAAGAGAAUUGUUUCUAAAAACUACCUGUUUCUGCUUUUUAUAAAUGAACUGAUUUCAGCCUCUCCUUGUGACGUGAUCAUAAUCGUCAAGACAGUACUUCUGACCUAUGCAUCCUGUAACUUAUUUACUUAAUGACUUAAAAUUAAAAAGUUUUCUUUUUUGAGAUUAGUGUUACGUGUCCAUACCUGGAGUCACAUUAGUCAUGUAAAUACAUUGCAGAAUAAACUGUGCAAAUUAAAAUUUAUGGAUGGGAAGCCAUGUGGAGAGGUGUCUGCAGUGUUGGACUUGAACCUGAGAAACCAGGCACGAAGCACUGAGCCCUGCAAUGCCUCUCAGCCCAACCUACCUCACAGGUCUGUUGUGAGGAUAAAACAGGGGAGCGGGGAACCACCUAUGCUACCUUGAGAUCCUUGGAAGAAAGGUGGAAUAAAAAUGUAAUAAUAAAUAAGUCAGUUUAAAAAGGAUAGAUGUAUUUCAUUUAGGCUGCCUAUGCACCACCAUCAAUCUAGAGCACAUUGAACACAGCACAUUCAAAGUACAUGGCUUGCCCCCUCCCCAAGAAUUACGGUUACAGUUCAACACUACAUCUGCAGCAUUGAACACACAACGCUGGGUCACUAGAGCAGUCCCUUCACCCAGCCGUUGUUCUCUGGUACUUUUUAGACCCUGCUAAAUUGACAAGCUAGGCUAGUGCCAAGUUCUCUCUCUCUCUCUCUCUCGUCUUUUUCCUUUGCUCAGUGUUUCCGUGUGGUGCCGACACCAGACAAUGGGAAUAUUUCAGUGGGAAAUGCUACUACUUCUCCCUGAAGGCCGUGUCCUGGCACAUGGCCAAAGCGCAGUGUGAACAGCAGCACUCUCAGCUGGUCAUCAUUAACAAUUUGGCCAAACAGGUAACAAGAUGUGAAACAAAUUUUCCUUGAUCACUCACUCACUUGCCUAAGGCAGGCAAAGUGCUCUUGCCCAUUGACUGCAGCGGAGCAACUCUUCUCCUUCUCUGUAAAGUAGGCAGCCCAGAAUCUUCAUCUUCAUGCAAACACAGAAGCAAUGGUUGUAAGAAGAGAACUGGCCCCAUCGACACAGGCACUUCUGCCUACACAAUGGAAUUCCUGUCCCUGUGCCCCCCACCCCCCCAAGUCUGCUCUGGACGUUGGAGAACCCCAGGGAAAAAAUGGGAGGGAGGGUGAGGAAAAGGAGAGGAAGAUGGAAGUCCUUGCGCUAAUGGGAUGCCUUUGUUUGACACAGCCCCAUAUUUCUGUAUUUUGGAUUUGCCUCUUGCAGAAUUUCAUACAGACACGGACCAGGAAUGAGCGCUAUUGGAUUGGACUCCAUGACCAACACACAGAAGGCGAGUGGAAAUGGCUGGACGGCAGCAAUUACAGAACAGGCUUCAAGUAAGCACUGGGCAACUCUCUGGGGUCAUUGUGGGACUAGGCCAAAGGCCCACCUAGUCCUGCACUCCCCACUCCCGAGGCCACGGCCCCCUCACGGCUGCUUCUCAGUGACUGGAGGUCACAAGGGGUGACAGUGUCACUGCCAGUUUUUCGUAUGGGAAGCAACUUGGUCACACCAGUCCUGUGUUUGGAAGGCUGCAACCCUAUGGAACAAUAAUAUAAUAACCCUAUAAUAAUACUAUGAAAAAAUAAUAAUAUAUUAUAGGCUGCAAUGCUAUGCCCACUUGACCUAUGAAUAAGCCGCAACAGACACAGUGUGAAGCUCAUCUCUGAGUAGACGUGUACAGGGAAUAAAUAUUUUUAGUUGUAAAAGUAAAUAGGCUUUCAAUUUUAAUUUAGGGAGGAAAAUAUUAAUCUUUUAGAGGUUUGGGAAACAGUGGCCUGUCACCCUAGUGGGUGAACAUAAAUAGGUUUAGUGAAUUGUUGGUGAUGAUGAUUAUGCUGAUGAUGCUCAGAGAGAGACAGAGACAUCUUGCUUCCAUCACAGGAACUGGAAGCAAGGAGAACCCAACAAUUAUCAAAAUCAGGAUGAGGACUGUGGCCAACUUUGGAUCAAUGGGGAAUGGAAUGACUACACCUGCAGUUCUGAAUCCUUCUAUGUCUGUGAGAAAGCCUUACCAGUGAAGCCGACAUCUGCAUCCAAGAGGACCUGA